AUGAGCAAUAGUGUAAUUGGAGAUGAGUUUUCAGAAAGGGAUGAAUGUGACAUCGAAGGAGAUGAUCAAGUGCCUCAAUUUAACAUGGAACAAAUUUAUUCAUCCAUGACUUCUGAAUUCAAUGGAAUCUUCGCCUAAUCAUUCAUCAUCUCAAAAUAAAUAACAUCUUAUGUCAUCAAACAAUCAUUGAAAAUAGCAGAAGAACAAUUCAUACAAACUCAAGUACCCAUCAGUUCCAAUGCAUAAGUAAUGACAAUCAUGGAAAGGAUCGUUGCGAGUUAUUUCAAUCAAGAUGGUUUAACAAUAGAAGGCUGUAAUAUGCCAGAAGACAGCGAGCCUAAUGUAAUACAUUAUGAUCGUUGGAGGAGAAAUAGAGUCAACAUUGAAGAAAUGAGUUAGUCAUUCUCAGAGGAUCAAGAAUAGUAAGUUGAAAAUGAAUCUCCAUCCCAACACAAUAGCUCAAAAAAUAACAGGUAAAGAUUUUCAAUUUUGGAAAGGAAAAAACCAUUUGCUGGUGCACCUCCCAAAUCAAGUCAUUCAGAAAUAAGACUCAUUGAAUUUCAAGUAGAUGAAGAGGAAGAUGAUUUUGUUGAUAAAUUGAGAUAGAAGAAACUCUAUGAUAUCAAGAAGAAGAAUGAAAUUGAAUAGAAAAUCAAAGAAGAAAUCAUCUAAAAUUAAAAAAAAGAGUAAUCUUCCAACAAAUACACUUAUGAUUAUGAUGGCAAGAUCUUAUUAUCAAAAGGAGUCAUAUAUGAUAAAUUAUAACCUACUGCUUUAAAAAUUAAGGUUGAUUUGAAAGAUGUUCCAAAAACAACUAAUUAGUAGAAUAUUCCUCAAACUAAUUCCAAAAAGGGAAGUAAGUAGGUCAUCUAAACUUAACAACCAUUACCAAUCCCUCCAAAAACAACAGCAGAUAUACCAAAUAAAAAUAUAAUAGAUCGAAAGGAUGCAGCCAAAGAUGCAACUGGAGAUAAAGGUCUUCGAAUUGACAGAGGAGCUUAAUUACCAUAUGAUACCUUCUCUAUGACAAAUGGCGUUAAGCUUAUCUAUGAACAGAGAUACAAGGAAGGAAUCAGACAUCAAGUUAGUGAUUCGGCUGAGUAACUACAAUAUAGAUUGUCAGGAUAAAACUUUUUACCUGGUGAUGAUAUAACUAAGUAAAUGCAAUAAAUUAGAUUAACUCGAACAGAAUAUAAAUUGUUAACUGACAAUGGUAAACCAUUUUAAUAGCAAACUAAAUCCUAAUUUAUACCCUAAGAAACUGUAGAAACAAAAAAGAAUUUAGAUAAUACUAAACUCGAAAAGACAGUUCAGUUCAAUGAAAGUCAUCUUGUCAUGAACAAAUUCUCUCCUAAUAAAACUAGCUAAUAGAAAAUAGAUACUAAAUAAGAAAAAAUAUUGACUAAAAAUGCAAAAUUACUCGAAAACCUUCUUGUCUAACCUAACAAACCUGAGACACCAAGCCAAACAAUUAAAAAAAAUGAACCAUUAAAUAAGUUAGUAAAUUUCAAUUAAACUAGAAAUCCUAUUGAUACUUUUAAUUAAUCAUUACUCAACUCAAAAGAUUGGGGUAAAGCUAAUGCUAAAAUUGGGUACUUUCCUCCUGUCCGUGUCUCGUAAAAUCGAGGACAUAAUGGAUCAUUAGAAUAACUGUACAAGUUGCCAAGAGAUAGAAUCAAUGUACAAUAACAGAGAACUCAAAGUGAGUUCUAUAAACUGUAACCUAAAAGAUCUACUCAUAAGUCAAUGAGUGAAGGGAUGCUUUAAACCUUUUACACAACACAUUCCAAGUUUGACGAAAAACUUAGAUAAUUUUGA